AUGCCAGAGAAAGAGAAUUCAAGAAAAGUUGUUGGAUCAAACAACGAUCGUUUCUUAGUACAUCAUUCGGAUAGUCCUACUGCUGUUUUAGUCUCUCCACUCCUCUCAAGAGACAACUACGGAACAUGGAUUCAUGCAAUGACCAUGGUGCUUCGCACCAAAAAUAAGAUUGGAUUCGUUGAUGAAUCAAUUGAACAACCCAAGGACUUUGAGGAAUUGCAUCAAUGGGAGCGAUGCAAUGAUCUAGUCGGUUCAUGGAUUCUCAACUCGAUAGGAAGCAAGAUCCAUGAAAGUAUACUCUAUGCUGAGACUGUCAGAGAGAUAUCGCUUGAUCUUUGUGAUCGAUUCAUUCAAACUAAUGCGCUAAAAAUCUAUCAACUGAAGCAAUCCAUUGCUAAAACAAAGCGAGAAACUCAUCCGACUUAUUUUACAAAGAUGAAAGUACAAUGGGAUGAACGUAGUUCUAUCUGUACUGUGUAA